CUUGGCCCUGUAUUUUCAAAUCGCGAAUGAGAGAGAGAGAGAGAGAGAGAGAGAGAGAGAGAGAGAGAGAGAGCAAGCAUGCAAGAGCUAGGCAGGGAAUCUAAGAAACAAUAUUAUUUUCUAGCCAGUUCUAGUAGAGACAUUAGCCUACACAAAAGAUUAGGCCAAACUGUAUCUGCCAAACUCAUUUUAUCAACAGUCACAUGACAGGAAGUAUAUGCCGCACAGUCAUUUUAGCAACGUUCACAAGACAGGAAGCAUGUUGCGUAAUGGUCUGCAAAUGAAACAAACAGAUCAGCAUUGGUUUGAGUGUUCAUCACGGCUUUUCUGUGAAACAAUACUUUAAAAAGCAGUAGUAACGAAUGCUGUUGAGUCGUACAGGAAUGUUCAGCCUUUGUGGAUUUUGCCCUUUGUUUAUCAAAGUUAAUUUAUUACUCUGUGUGUGUGUGUCAUUCAGUCCUCUCAUUUUGCAGACAUUCUGAGUAUUUUGCUUCCUUCAGCUCUCACUGGAUUCAUCUUAACGGUACAUGGCCAUCAUCCAUCCCCUGAAGCCACGGCUCUCAGCCACAGCCACUAAGGUGAUCAUUGUGUGUAUUUGGGUUCUGGCUGUGGUUUUGGCCUUUCCUCUGUGUUUCUUUUCAACCAUCAAAAAAUUGCCCAAGCGGACCCUCUGCUACGUUGCCUGGCCAAGACCUUCAGAGGACCCUUUCAUGUAUCAUAUCAUAGUGGCUUUGCUGGUGUACGUUCUGCCCCUGGUGGUCAUGGGAAUUACCUACAAUAUUGUCGGUUUGACGCUUUGGGGAGGAGAGAUUCCUGGAGUCUCAUCAGACAACUAUCAGGGCCAACUGCGAGCCAAAAGAAAGGUGGUGAAAAUGAUGAUCAUCGUGGUGGUGACCUUUGCCAUCUGCUGGAUGCCAUACCACGUAUAUUUCCUCGUUACAGGGUUGAACAAGCAGCUGGUUAGGUGGAAGUUCAUUCAGCAGAUCUAUUUGUCAGUCAUGUGGCUUGCCAUGAGCUCCACCAUGUACAACCCCAUUAUUUACUGCUGCUUGAACAGCAGGUUUCGGGCCGGCUUCAAACGGGUUUUCCGCUGGUGCCCUUUUGUGCGGGUGUCAGACUAUGACGAGCUUGAGCUGCGGGCCAUGCAGCAUAAAGUAGCGCGCCAGAGCAGCAUGUACACACUCUCACGAAUAGAGAGCACCAUCGUAGCUGUGUGUGACCCCUCAGAGCCAACCGGUCACCUAGGCCGAAAGAGCCUUCACCACCACCAGCACAACGGCUGCUCCAACCCUAACAAGAGCAAAGAAGUGACGUAUAUGCCGAGCGACCUGAAGGAGGAAUUCUGCUGAGAUGGACUUUGACGUAAGAUUUGUACUGAAGUACCAAGAACAGCCGUUUUAACAAAGCCUCAUUCUGUAAAUGGGAAGGAGGUGAUGAGAAUUGAAAAGUAGACUGUUUAUUUGUCAUAUCGUUAAUUGAAAAUGUGAGUGUAUAACACAUAAACAUCAUCCUCAUACAGUAAUGUUUUGUGGCGUAUGUCUGGUGCGCUAUGCCUUAAAAAAAUUUGAGUCACCCCCAGCACUCAUCACCACAAAGACCAAUAUUGUCCAGCAUCUGAGGAGCACUUUGUCUAUAGCAGAAAUUGUAGAUAGCGGCUGCCCUUUGAUGCCAAUCAGGUCCUCUUUCAUCAUGUGGUUAGCAAGGACAGCAUGCUACCUGAAUGCCAAAGUUUUGAUUUCUCCCUGGAGCUGAACGCUCAAUUCUUGUUAAAAUCUCUCAUGUUUGAAAAGGUUGAGACCGAUCCUGAGCUGGUAAAUAAGCAGGUGUGUUUCCAGCACACGAGCUGCUUGGCUGAAUCGUGUAGGGAAAUUUGUUAGCUUCAUAUUCUUUCCUGUUUCAUCUAAAACAUUUAAUGUAAUUGAUGAGAUGGUAAACCAAUUGUGCAUCAUCGUAUUAGCAUAGCAAAGAUCAAUUUUGAAAUUUGACCUUGUAGACUGCUACUGCACUAUAUGUAUGUACAGUAUGCAGAUUUUAUGAUUUUAUUUUCUGUUUGCAUGGAAUAGCUGGAUGACUUGUUCAUUUGGCAGAGAGCACUGCAUGGGAUGCUGUAUCCCUUUCGUGCAAUGCAUAUUACUUUUCAUGACCAUUCAUUUCCAGUGUGAUGAAAGAACCGUCAGUUUUCUUUGUUGUUACUUGGUUUCGUUGGUCUGCUGAUCAAAUUUUUAUUUUUAUUUUACAAUAACUAGACGCUAUAUGCUAAAUUAAACAUGGACAGAGCAAGGUCUUGACAAAAUAAUGUAGCAUGAUGCUGUUUGAAAUGUUUGCAUAAUGUGUCUUGGGUUUUUAAAAUAUAAUGUGCAGUCGUAUGCAUUCGAUUGUGCAAAAAUGCAGUACAUUAAACAUUAUUACAGCUGAAUUUUCAGCAUCAUUACGCCAGUCUUCAGAGUCACAUGAUCCUUCAGAAAUCAUUCUAAUAUGCUGAUUUGCUGCUGUCUGUUGGAAAUGUCUUACUGUUGUUUUGAUCACUAUAAUGCAUCUUUUAUGAAUAUAACUAUUAAUUUCUUACUAACAUAACAUUUUUGGUGAUGUAAACUGUUCAUAAUAUACUUCAGUUUCACAUUUGCAAAUAGUAUGCUAGCUGGCACAUAAUUGAAAAGCUUAAAAUUAGUUAACUCUUAAUCAAAACGUAUACAAUGUAAAAUUAAUCAUCUAAUGCCUAAUCAGCCCAGCUGAUUAAUCAUUUCAACUGACUAGUAUGAAAUAUUAUACUGUAUUUGAUCCAGAACAUGGCCAGGAUGUAAGAUGACUGUGGCUACAUCUGCACUCAUCUGGAUGCAUCUUUCAAAGUGCUCUCCAUCCACAGCUGUGGGUUUUAGAUGCUUGUGAUCGGAUGAGGCAGAGGGACCACACAUAAGUUCUCACUGUAUUUAUCUGCCACAAUCUGUUUAUUACCAAAUGUAUCGCAAUCAAUCGCCAUUAGUUUAAAAAUGCAACGGCCUUCAUGUUUUGCCACAGGACAGCAAGUGUAAUACAUUUCCUAUCAUCUUUGCAGAAAUGGAAUAUGAAGAUUGUUCACUGAAACUCUGGCGCAAGGCUGGUGUUUUGUUUGUACUGUUCAGUGAAGCUUCCAGCUGAGCAGCAGUGAGGGGUCUGAUUUUCCUCAAAUUAUUUUUGUCUUCUUGUCGUUGAUCAUUGGGCCGUCCACAUUCUGCCCUGGUUAGAUCUCGUUUGCUUUCUUCAAAGACAGUAGUCACGGAACAGGCGCUGAUGUUUCUAGGAAAAAAAAAUAUGUAUUUUCUAAGAAAGUGAAAAAAAAACUAACAAAAACAUUUCCACACAGAUUUCUCAAGGACUACAGUAAAUUCGAAUUUUUCUUAGUUUAUGUAACAAAAGACUGGAGCAAUGGCUUAUAGACGUGUGGCUUUGCAUGUAUCAGAAGUACAAAUUUGAUUUAGUAAAUAUAAAUGUUAAUAAAAGUGUAAAAGUAAAUAUAGUUAUAAUAUAUAAGCUGUUAUAAUUUUUAAUAACAAUUAUUUUAUUAUUGAUGUU